CAAUCAGUGCUAGUGCUGAACUGUCCCCAGGGCAGCAGCAACACUGAGCUUCUGUUUUCCUCAGGAACCGCAGCAGGAACAACAGCAGUUCAGAGGAAACCAACAGCAUAUUCUGUGAGAGACUUCAGAUACUUUCCUGGAGAAACACAGGCGCGCACCAGGCUCGCCCAAUCAGAUGGAGUCAUACAAAAGCGAGAAAGGCCCUCCACCUGGAGGAGCGACCCGCUAAUUUUUCUGCGGAUUCCCACUUACCUGGGAACUUACCGGUGCACCACCCUGACCGCUAAAAGUUCUGGAUCCUGGGAUUGAGAGGUGUUCGGUUCCCCGUACGGGUCACCAAUUGUCGCGACCCCCUCGCCAGCAAGGAAGACACGACACAGGAUUCUUCUUUCAGUGGUUUAUUCAGGCCUUAACUCUAGUUUUCUCUCAAGCGCUCUUCCCCCCACGCACCCACACACAGCCUAAUAAAGCUUACUCAAGUCCAAUCCAAAGCUGCCACGCGGGGUUUUCUCAUAGGGUACUGAGGGACAGCGCGCCAACUCUCCCUAAUAAGGAGUUGUUUACCAAGAUCCGCAACGGAAACCGGCGCCAUCUUCUAAUGGCAGCAACGGAGACCGGCGCCAUCUUCUAAUGGCGGCAACGGUCUACAAACACGGCUCACCACACCCUACCUCCAAAACCAGGUUAACAUUGGCUCCUUCAUGCAGCAGUCUCAGAGCAGUAUUCCAAGGGAGGAGACUGAAAGCUGAAAAGCUUGAGGCCAAGGUUUGCAAGUCAUUCAACAUCACUUUUGCAUGAUACUGCUGAAUAAAGAAAUCCAUCCAGCCAGCCCAGACUCCACUUCUUAAUGGGAGGAGUGACAAAGUCGCACUGCAGAAGAGCUGUGAAGACUGAUUAAUCCUUUCAGGCCUUGGGGCAGACAAUUUGGGAGCACCUGGCCUGGAUUACUUUAGCUGCUAGCAGCCGUUACUAGAGCAUCUUGGAGGGUGACCAAAGAAGAGCAAAAUCUCCAGAGUGUCAUAGACAGUGAAAAACGUCCAAAAGUUCCACAGGCGUCUUAUCCAAGAUCUUAGCAAAGCAAUGUCUCAAGAUGGUGCCUCUCAGUUCCAAGAAGUCAUUCGACAAGAGCUAGAAUUAUCUGUGAAAAAGGAAUUAGAAAAAAUACUUACCACAGCACCCUCACAUGAAUUUGAGCACACUAAAAAAGAUCUUGAUGGAUUUCGGAAGCUAUUUCACAGAUUUUUACAAGAAAAGGGACCUUCUGUGGAUUGGGGGAAAAUUCAAAGACCUCCAGAAGACUCGAUUCAACCUUAUGAAAAGAUAAAGGCCAGGGGCUUGCCUGAUAAUGUAUCUUCUGUGUUGAACAAGCUGGUGGUGGUGAAACUCAAUGGUGGUUUGGGAACCAGCAUGGGUUGCAAAGGCCCUAAAAGUCUGAUUGGUGUGAGGAAUGAGAAUACCUUUUUGGAUCUGACUGUUCAGCAAAUUGAACAUUUGAACAAAACCUACAACACUGAUGUUCCUCUUGUUUUAAUGAACUCUUUUAACACGGAUGAAGAUACAAAAAAAAUACUACAAAAGUACAAUCAUUGUCGUGUGAAAAUCUACACUUUCAAUCAAAGCAGGUACCCGAGGAUUAAUAAAGAAUCUUUACUUCCUGUAGCAAAGGAUGUCUCUUACUCAGGGGAAAAUACAGAAGCUUGGUACCCUCCAGGUCAUGGUGAUAUCUACGCCAGUUUCUACAACUCUGGUUUGCUCGAUACCUUUAUAGGAGAAGGCAAAGAGUAUAUUUUUGUGUCUAACAUAGAUAAUCUGGGUGCCACAGUGGAUCUUUAUAUUCUUAAUCAUCUAAUGAAUCCACCCAAUGGAAAACGCUGUGAAUUUGUCAUGGAAGUCACAAACAAAACACGUGCAGAUGUGAAGGGCGGGACACUCACUCAGUAUGAAGGCAAACUGAGAUUGGUGGAAAUCGCUCAAGUGCCAAAAGCACACGUUGAUGAGUUCAAGUCUGUAUCAAAAUUUAAAAUAUUUAACACAAACAACCUAUGGAUUUCUCUUGCAGCAGUUAAAAGACUGCAGGAACAGAAUGCUAUUGACAUGGAAAUCAUUGUGAAUCCAAAGACUUUGGAUGGAGGCCUGAAUGUCAUUCAGUUAGAAACUGCAGUAGGGGCUGCAAUUAAAAGCUUUGAGAAUUCUUUAGGUAUUAAUGUUCCAAGGAGCCGUUUUCUGCCUGUCAAAACCACAUCAGAUCUCUUGCUUGUGAUGUCAAACCUCUAUAGCCUUAAUGCAGGAUCUUUGACAAUGAGUGAAAAGCGGGAGUUUCCUACAGUGCCCUUGGUUAAAUUAGGCAGUUCUUUUACAAAGGUUCAAGAUUAUCUAAGAAGAUUUGAAAGUAUACCAGAUAUGCUUGAAUUGGAUCAUCUCACAGUUUCAGGGGAUGUGACAUUUGGCAAAAAUGUUUCAUUAAAGGGAACAGUUAUCAUCAUUGCAAAUCAUGGCGACAGAAUUGACAUCCCACCUGGAGCAGUAUUAGAGAACAAGAUUGUAUCUGGAAACCUUCGCAUAUUGGACCACUGAAAAGAAUACUGUAUACACUUUAUACUAAUUAUGGGCUAAAUAGUUUCUUACAUUGAAAUGUCUCUAGGAUUCUAAAGUAGGCAGGUACUUGACUAUGUUACUGUACCUUGCAGUGUUGAUUUUUAGAGUUUUCUGCAAUAUACUUUUAGUUUAAGAAAAACAGAUGGAGCAAUACUUUCCCUCUUUGAAGAGGAUCCUGAAAGUUCAUCUUAAAGUGCAAUAUUGUUUAAUCCUAAAACUGGGGCAGUUCUGUUGGAAGAUUUUUAUUAACAGAAGCCUCAGUGAUGGUCACUUUGAAUUGCCUGUGAUUUCAAAAAUAAAGCGGUGAAGCCAUA